AUGAGUGUCAAUCGGCGUCGCGUGGGUGGGAGAGAUGCUGCCAGACUCUAUGAAACCACAGUCGUCCAUACUCCUGUAGAGGAAGGUCGUGCAGUCGAGGCCCAGCACAUGCCACGCCGGCUACAGUGCAAAGCAGAAUGCAACAGCAGCUCGAGGCCGCGCCAAGUAGACAGACCAUAUUGUUUUGCUCAAGUGUCUCCCGGCUCGUUUGUAUUUGUCGCUAUCAUCCAAUGCGUUAUCGUCGGCAACGAAUCAACGAGGGCAUGGUUGGGGUAUGACGAAUCGCCCAUUGGCAGCGUUCGUAUCGUUGUCGCAGAAGCAUCCGAAUUCUUCUUGUGCAGACUCAAGUUGGAUUGUUUCGCCUGUCGGGCUGCGUCUCGUGGGCUUUUCAACGGUUGUUCCUCCUACCGAAUUGGCUUCCAGAAGGUUAUAGUUCAAAUCGGUCGAGGUCCGUGGACUUGCGCGGGCGGUCGCGAGGAUGGAGAGUUUGCAGGUCAUGUCGAGUAG